CUAGUUUUUAUUCCACCCACAUUGUGAUUUAUACAACACACUUUUUAUUUAUAUUAAAAUUAAGAGUACGAAAUUUUAAAAGAGAUUGAAGUCGUCAUGAGUUUUCAAAAGCAGUUGGAUGACUUUAACCAGAAGCUGGACUAUGCCAAGUGGUAUAUGGGAGUGUCGACGCAACAGGAGGCCGCGAUGUAUGCUAUGUCGGAAAGCCUUCGCGAUGACUUCGAGCAGGGAACCGGCGAGCAGAUGUUCAAGUCCCUGGUUAACCUGGGCAUCCAACCGGUGAUAUCCAAAAAGAAGAUCAGUCGGAUAGUGCAGUUGAGCAGGAACAAUAUACUGGCCUUCCUCUACUUUGUGCUGGAGGGCUACUACAAGACUUGCCAAAAGGAUGGUGAAUACAGCAUUAAUGAGCAGUUGUUGAUGAACGCCAUAGCCAAGAUCGACAUGAUGGCCACAAUCAGAGGUCUAGACGCCAUACUUCCGCCCCAUAAGCCUAGUAAGGGUGAAAACCAAGUUCAAGCGGCGAAUGCUCCAGCAGCGGAGUACCGAGCAAAGAAAAAACCCUCCAAGAAAUUACCGUAUUUCCAAAGUCAACCAAGACCCGUGCAAAGAACCUCCCGGCUGACCACCAAGCUCCCUGAUUUUGUCGUGUCUUUCAACUUCUGGCCCAACAACGCCCCACCCAACUACGGCAAGGAUGAAGCGGAACCUUGGUAUGCCCAGUACCAACUUAAUCCCGGCCAGCGUUUGAUCAAGAAAACCCUCUCCGAGACACUGGAACGGUAUUUCAAAUUAGAAGGAUUAGAGAAAAGACAGGAGGAUGAUGAACGGCCAAAGAGUCGGGAGCCCGAGCCGAAUAUGUGCCUGAUACACAAGGGUCAAGUGGUGCAGACCCAGCUUUUGAGGGACGAACUGGCGGUCAAAGCGAGGGAUCGCUGCCUGGAGCUGCUCGAUGUCACUGAGCCGUACGGCAAAAUACGCCGGGCCAGAAUCUUGGCCCAGUUGGAGCACGACAUCGACGUAGUAAUGGCACGCCAUCGCAAUGCGAUGCACUGCGACCAGACCAAAGUGCUGACCAUUGAGAACUUUGAUUGCGUGCUCUGCCAGAAGAUGUUGGUAUCGCAGCCCUGGCCAGAACCCAUGGACCAGGUGGGUCGAGCUCUGGUGGGCGAGGAAUGCGGCAUGGCCCAUACGGCUGCCACAGAUACCUACCGCGGAAAGAGGCUAGAGGGCGGCGGAGGCAAACCGAAGAAGAACAAAAAGGAGAAAAAGGGGAAAAAGGGGAAAAAGAAGGAAGCGGUGGAAGUGCCACCGGAACCGCCGAAAAAAGAGCCGAAGGUGUCGCCCUGGAAACCACCACCUCGCAAACUUUUUAGCGGUGGCUUCCGCAUGCAUAGCAUCGACUUCGAUGAGAAAUUGGAGAAAUGUAGGACGGUACUCAGUGCCUCGGAGUGCGAGGUACCUCCGGCCCCAAAAAGAACGGCCGUAUCGUUUCUCUUGGCCAAAGGAAAAAUCCCAACGCAAGGCCAUCAGUGUGCCACGCGAGUGUCGAGCAAGCGGUACAAAAAGAAGUUUUUCCGCGGACCGCGGGUGAACAAACCAUAUCAGUUCAAGUACCCCCGCGUCUUCCAAUCCGGUCAGCCGCAACCCUUUGACCUGGAGAAGAUCGUGACCAAGACGCUGGUGAAAGCGCUGGAUAAGUCCGAUGAAGAGGUAGCGGUAGCCGGUGACGAUUGUGAUUUCGAUUGCCUAAUGUCGGAGAUAAGUAUUGAAGAGGAGUUGCCCAUGGAGGUAAAACCAGAAGGUGCACCAGAAGUCGCAGCGAAAGUGAAACCCCAGACACCGCCCAAUAUGUUCGAUGAACUGGAUCUGAUUGAUCCGGAUCAGACCACCACCGACAGUGCGGAGACCCUGGGUCGCUCGAGUAACCACAGUCGUCGCAGCCAUGUGGAUCACAAGGCGGAGAUCGUGGAGGCGGUGGUGCGAUGUGCCAAUGCCAUUUGGCAUAAGCAGGCCACCAUCAAGCGGGCCGAGAUGGAACGCGUGGGGCGGCUGACACCGCGAAUGGCGCUCACGUACCAGGACACCGAGAAGAUCGAUCCCGACAACGCGGAACAGAUGAACCAGCUGCUGAAGGACGGACUCCGGGCCCUCAGGAGGGAACCGCGCUACGUCCUGGCCAGUUUACCGGAGGCCCACAAGCUGCCCAUCCUAAGGGAGUGGAUCAAGAGGCGGUACGGCAAGACCUACAGCCAAAAGGAGCUUGAGGACAGCAUAGCCGAGUCGAACAGGAUAUUCGAGCUGGUCACCGUGCUGCAGAGCAGUCCCCCCGAUCCCGAUCUCAUGGGCAUCGAUCGGUUGCGCAGGUCCGAAGAGAACUUUGCCAACUACAAGAAGAUCAAGAAUAAGGCUUUCAUCGUGAAGCAGACCUACCAUGAUUUGUUGAACGCACGUUACCUGGGCAUCGUGAGCUCCGCUUGGCAAGCCAUGGGAAAUUAUCUGGUGCCCGGAGGACCUCCUCGCAGGACCUUCUUCGCCUACAUUGCCUCCAAUCCGCAGCAGAUCAUGCGGGCAAAGGUGUGGAACGGCGAGUAUCGCAAUUACCGUGCCAUGCGGGAAAAGCGAAAGGAACAGGAGAGUCGUUUGGGCAAAAAGCAAGAUUGAUUAAGUAAAUAAAACAUUUCCGGAUUU